AUGUCGGGGACGGCUACUGAGUCCUACAAGGCGUACGUACUAUAUGCGGAGUUUUUCAAUAUAGCGUACUCUACUGCUUCUAAGGGAUGUUCUUCCAGACGCCUUAUCACACAUUCCCUUCUCAGACAAGGCGACUGGUUCACGAGACUAGCACGUACCUUGGGGACCCGAAUCACUUCAGAAGUCACUCAGAAUGGCUUCAUCAGUUACCUUGAGGCAUCCAUGACAAUGGUGCGAUACAUCGACAUCACGGCCAGCAAGCAAGGUCACGUAUCGCAAUUGUAUCCCAACUUAACAAAUAUCCUCAUUUCUACCCUUAUGCGUCCAAUUGAAAGGCUAUACGCUCAGUCCUACUGCUUCCGUCCGAAGACAUCAUUCCGAGUCAGAGAUAUCGGAAUAAUCUACAGGACUCGAAGUCUCGAAGCAAUAGAACUUGAAGAUGUAAUCAGAGCUAAGACAUUCUCUAAUCAUCUUGCGCAACAUUACUGGAUGACCAAUGCCAAAGUGAGUAUAGCGCAUGAACAUAUCUCAGUCCACAAAUCUGACCCAAAGGUUUUGUCUAGCUCCCCCCCAGGGCGUGCUACCGAUUUCCCAUACCAAAGCCAGCUUGUACCAUGCUCUGAGGCAAAUAUGGGAAUCAAGUGA